AUGCGGGCCAACGAGGCGAAGUUCGCGGCGAAGCACGCCGGCGCGCUGGACCUGCACUGCCCUUCGCCGAGGGGCUGGGCCCAGACCUGCGGGGACGCGCGGGACAUCACGAGGGCGGUGCACUUCAACGUGAUCCGCCGCCAGGGCGCCCAGGUGCUGAUCCAAGACUUCAGCCUGCCUCAGGUGGACCAGGACUCCAGCUCCGUCCGGAUGAAGGAGCUGAUCGAGAUCAUCAUAGGCAUGGGCUACGGGGUGGCCCUGCAGCCGGAGUCCGGACAGGGCUUCCUGAAGUACGUGCUGCCCCUGCUCGCCCUGGGCGUGCACGUGCUGCCCCCGGGCUCCGUGGGGCGGCUGUCGGAGCAGGUGGACGGCAAGGCCGACCACGGGCUGGCCAUCUGCCCGUGGCAGGUGGCCAUCCUGUCGCGCCGGGCGGUGUUCGGCUCCGCAGUGGGGCCCCUCAGGAGAGGGUGUGCCCCACGAUCCCGUUGA